CCAGUAUAAAAAACCAAAAAAACCCAAAACAAAAAAACUUUUUUUUUUUUUUAAUAAAAGAGAAGGAAUCUCCCUAUGUUGCCCAUGUUGGUCCUGGGCUGGCUUCAAGCAGUCCCCCUGCCUUACCCUCAGCACAUGUAGCUGGGACUACAGGCCUACUGUGCCUGACCCAAAGUCUACCUGCCCUGGUUCUCGGGUUAACUCAGUGAUAGAGCUCUUGCCUGAUGUGCACAAGAUCCUAGGUUCCAUCCCCUGCACUCGGGGGAAAAAAAUCACCUCUUCUAUGAAGUCUUUCAUCUCGUGCAGCACACUGUGACCCCUCUUCCUGGGCCCCAUGGCACUGUGAUUAUGUGGCUCUUAGGCAUUUUAACCUGAGCAUAUUGGGCUUUGGAAAGGCUUGGUUUUCUUGUCAAUAUCUCUAACCUGGCCUUUAGGUACCAGGGGUCACUGAGGGCCUGCAAAGGAGGUGUUGAUGUAGCAGGGAGUAGCCUAGUCUCCUGACGAAGGUGUGAGCUUGCCUAGAUGGGUGCUGUGUCUGCUUUAUUCUGAGGGGCCCUUUCGGUGGCUGCCCCUAAUAGCACAGUCAGUGCCCUAUGCUUCUGUCACCCUGGCAGAUCUGGGAGGUGUUUAUCAUAGCAUCUGAUUCCUACCCACAUCCCUGGGAGUUCCAGCACUGGUCCCUCGAGGAAAUCCUCUGCUUGAGACCAUUCUGGGGACCCAAGGAAAGGUCAUCUGUGAUGCAGAGAACCAGUUUGAGGCUGGACAAUCACUUUUCAUUGAAAGGAAAGUUGCUAACAUUUGUAGGGCAUUUAAUUGUUCGUGAUAGGCUGUGUUUUGAGCAUUUGUAAACACUGACCUCUUAAGUGCCUUGAAUGUUACCUGAAGUGAUAAUUAAUUAUACUUUUUCUUUAAGUGGGAACAGGAAGACCUCAGAGAUUGAGAAUCUACCCAGGCCCUCUACUGGUAGGAGGUGGUAGCUUUAUAGCCCAGGUUAAAAACCUCCUGCCUUGAGGGCUCAAGGACCCCAGGAGGCAAGAGAAGGGUCUUUGGUGAGAUCAGAGGUUGUUAAGUGGGUGAGAGCAGCACGGGUUGGUUUGGAAUGGACCUGGGUCUUGCCUGUUUUGGCAGCAGGGAGAGAAUGCUGGCACCAGUCCGACCUAGACCUCUGAGGCUGAUUCCUAGGCCUGGGGGUGAGGACCAAAGGCUGGGGACACGGGAAGAGGGUCAGGAGGUGCUCCAGCAUUGACUUCCCAGACCCGGUCCCAGCACCCACGGUUGGACAAAUCUAGAUGCCCUGGAGGGAUUCUCUCCACCCCUUUAUCAUCCCGAGGGGCCCCUCCCUCAGUGUGAGCCCAGGGGCCCGGCUGUCCCGGGGGAGGAGAGAUGAGGGCCCUUCCCAGUCCUGUAAUGGGCCUGGACGAUGCCAGGAGAUUAGCGUGGUCCCUGUCGGGAGACGUGGGGCAGCAGAUGCCCAGGCUGGGGCCGUGCCACACAGGGCUCCGGUCAGAGACUAGAAGGUUAGAACCAGCGGCGAUCUGGCUUCGGCUCCUCUUCGACCUGCGGACCCAACGGAGAGACCUGCGGCCUCAGUGACCACUGCUCCCCAGGAGCCUCCUGCCCCCCCUCCACCUUCGGCAGGCAGCAACGGAACUGGCGGAACUGGCCCGGCCCCUGGGCGAGCCAUGCGCAGCACCACCCUACUGGCGCUACUAGCCUUGGUCCUGCUUUACUUGGUGUCGGGUGCCCUGGUGUUCCAGGCCCUGGAGCAGCCCUAUGAGAAGCAGGCCCAGAAGGACUUGGGGGAGGUCCGUGAGAAGUUCCUGAGGGCCCAUCCAUGUGUGAGCCAGCACGAGCUGGGUCUCUUCAUCAAGGAGGUGGCUGAUGCCUUGGGAGGGGGUGCGGAUCCAGAAACCAACUCCACCAGUAUCAGCAACCACUCAGCCUGGAACCUGGGGAGUGCCUUCUUUUUCUCAGGAACCAUCAUCACCACUAUCGGCUAUGGCAACGCAGCCCUGCGCACCGAUGCCGGCCGCCUCUUCUGCAUUUUUUACGCACUGGUAGGGAUUCCGCUGUUUGGGAUCCUGCUGGCAGGGGUUGGGGAUCGGCUGGGCUCUUCCCUGCGCCGUGGGAUUGGUCACAUCGAAGCAAUCUUCCUGAAGUGGCAUGUGCCACCGGAGCUGGUGCGAGUGCUGUCGGCAAUGCUCUUCCUGCUGAUUGGCUGCCUGCUCUUUGUCCUCACGCCCACAUUUGUGUUCUGCUAUAUGGAGGACUGGAGCAAGCUGGAGGCCAUCUACUUUGUCAUUGUGACACUCACCACCGUGGGCUUCGGCGACUAUGUGGCUGGGGCUGACCCCAAGCAGGAGUCUCCAGCCUACCAGCCGCUGGUGUGGUUCUGGAUCCUGCUUGGCCUGGCCUACUUCGCCUCAGUGCUCACCACCAUCGGGAACUGGUUGAGAGCUGUGUCUCGCCGCACACGGGCAGAGAUGGGCGGCCUCACGGCGCAGGCUGCCAGCUGGACCGGCACAGUGACAGCGCGGGUGACCCAGAGAGCGGUAUCCACCGCACCUCCGCCAGAGAAGGAGCGGCCACCUCUGCCUCCCCCACCUUGUCCAGAGCAGCCAGUCAGCCUGCCCCAGUGCCCCCCACCACCGGAGAGGGUUGACACGCCUUCCCCGCCUACAGCCUCUGCCCUCGAUUACCCGGGCGAGAACCUGGCCUUUAUAGAUGAGUCCUCAGACACGCAGAGCGAGCGCGGCUGCGGCCUGCCUCGAGCACCGAGGGGUCGCCGCCGUCCCAACCCCCCCAGGAAGCCUGCGCGGCCCCGGGGUCCAGGGCGUCCCCGAGACAAAGGCCUGCUGAUGUAAGGCAGGACUCCCCAGCGGGGGCGCUCAAAGGAUUUUGCUCCUGCUGUCUCCCUGGCACGCUUGGCUUGUUUGACCAAAGAGCCCUCUUUUGACGCUCAACUGAGGCCUAGGCAGAAGGCUUAGGGUCACCUACCCGCCACCUCCGGCCCCUGGCCCCUUCCUAACUUCCGCCCAUUCUGUCGCGAUGCCCUAGCGGGGCCUGUUCCUCACACCUCACUACUGUGCCUCAAAAUCUGCAUCAAUAAAUGAAAACACUGCACCUCUGCGGGCGUGCACGCUCCGGGACGCAAGCGGGUGUGGGAGUGCGUC